AUGCGACCCCCCGCCUUUUCAUUUCAUUUCCGCUUCCCAGCACUGCUUCUGUAUGAAACUCACUUGACCUUCGACCGGGAAGUGAGGCACAUCUGGCAGCGCAAGGUUUCGGCCGCGACAUGGAUCUUCUUGCUCAACCGAUAUCUCGUUAUCGCCUUGUACGCUGUGAACAUCCCCAGUACCUGCUCUGUUCUGGUGCGCCUCUGGCAAGUGCUCAUCAUACUUACAUAUGGUGCCUGGGGGAUCUUCUCGUGCCUCCGCACAUAUGCGAUGCAUGAACGGGCAUGGCAUGUUGCUCUGGUCGUCCUGACGCUAUCAUUGGUUCCAGUAUGGAUCUAUAUCGUGAGCCUUUCCGUUGCAGACGUCGCCCGGACUGUACGCAUCACUGACGGCUCGAAGUUUCGCGACUCGCGCCAAGACAUCAAGAAUUUUGUGGCUCCAAUAUUUUUGACAAUCGUCAGCCGAUCCUGCUUAAUCCUGUCGGACCUGUUGGUACUGGGCGUUACUUGGACGAAGACGUACGGGAUCAUGCGGCUUUCACGGGAAAAAGACGUACACACGCCCUUAUCCCUGACUACGGUUCUCUUGCGAGAUGGUAAGUGGGCCCAUAUGCAGCCCCCGACCCACAUGUUAACCGCAACCUUGUUUAUUCAUAGGGUCGACAUAUUUCACGUGAGUGCGGGGGGAGCGUCUGUGGCCAGAUGA